GAGAGCGGCGGGAGCGCACGCUCACCUGCGGGACGCCACGUUCACAGACGUCGGGAUAUUUCUGCUCUGGAACAAGUUGUAAUGGUCAACAUCUGCGAGGGCGACGCCCCCUGGCCCGGCAGCUAACAGGUGUUGGCACCGGGGUCGCCGCCCCCCACGCCGGGUGAUGUCACAGCUGUACUACCGGCGCUCGGACAGCUCGUCGUACCGGGACCGCAUCCCGCUGAGAAUCGUCCGGUCCGAGUCGGCGCUGUCGGCGCUGGAGAAGACCUACCUGGGCGCCGUGGAGAAGGGCGACUAUGCCAGCGUCAAGCAGGCCCUGCAGGAGGCGGAGAUCUACUUCAAGAUCAACAUCAACUGCAUCGACCCGCUGGGCCGCACGGCGCUGCUCAUCGCCAUCGAGAACGAGAACCUGGAGAUCAUCGAGCUGCUGCUCGCCUUCAACGUCUACGUGGGCGACGCCCUGCUGCACGCCAUCCGCAAGGAGGUGGUGGGCGCCGUGGAGCUGCUGCUCAACCACAAGAAGCCCAGCGGCGGCAUGCAGGUCCCGCCCAUCUUACUGGACAAGCAGUUCUCCGACUUCACCCCGGACAUCACACCCAUCAUCCUGGCGGCGCACACCAACAACUACGAGAUCAUCAAGCUCCUGGUGCAGAAGGGCGUGUCCAUGCCGCAGCCGCACGAGGUGCGCUGCAACUGCGUGGAGUGCGUGUCCAGCUCCGACGUGGACAGCCUGCGCCACUCGCGGUCCCGCCUCAACAUCUACAAGGCGCUGUCCAGCCCCUCCCUGGUCGCCCUCUCCAGCGAGGACCCCUUCCUCACCGCCUUCAGGCUCAGCCGGGAGCUGCAGGAGCUCAGCAAGGUCGAGAACGAGUUCAAGUCGGAGUACGAGGAGCUGUCGCAGCAGUGCAAGCAGUUCGCCAAAGACCUCCUGGACCAGACCAGAAGCUCCAGGGAGCUGGAGAUGAUCCUCAACUACAGAGACGACGUCAGCCUGCUGGAGGACGGCGACGGCGACCUGGCCAGGCUCAAGUUAGCCAUCAAGUACUACCAGAAGGAAUUCGUAGCUCAGCCAAACUGCCAGCAGCUUCUGGCGUCGCGCUGGUACGACGAGUUCCCCGGCUGGAGGCGGCGCCACUGGGCGGGCAAGUUCAUCACCUGCGUCUUCAUCGGCCUCCUUUACCCGGUGUUUGCCCUCUGCUACCUCAUCGCCCCCAAGAGUCGCUACGGGCUCUUCAUCCGCAAGCCCUUCAUCAAGUUCAUCUGCCACACGGCGUCCUAUCUGACUUUCCUCUUCCUGUUGCUGCUCGCCUCGCAGCACAUCGUUACCACCGAGCAGGACCGGCAGGGGCCGGCGCCCACCACUGUGGAGUGGAUGAUCCUGCCCUGGGUUCUGGGUUUCAUCUGGGCUGAGAUCAAGCAAAUGUGGGAUGGAGGUUUACAAGACUACGUUCAUGACUGGUGGAACCUCAUGGACUUUGUUAUGAACUCUCUGUACCUGGCCACCAUCUCGCUCAAGAUUGUAGCCUACUUCAAGUACAGCGGUAGUAAACCCAGAAACCAGUGGGAGAUGUGGCACCCGACCCUCGUAGCAGAGGCUGUGUUUGCCAUUGCCAACAUCUUCAGCUCUCUUCGCCUCAUUUCGCUCUUCACUGCCAACUCUCACCUUGGACCGUUACAGAUCUCCCUGGGGAGGAUGCUGCUGGACAUCCUCAAGUUCCUCUUCAUCUACUGUCUGGUCCUGCUGGCCUUCGCUAACGGCCUGAACCAGCUCUACUUCUACUAUGAGACCAAGGACUCCGACGAAAGGGGAAAGUGUAAGGGCAUCCGAUGCGUGGAGCAGAAUAACGCCUUCUCCACGUUGUUCGAGACACUGCAGUCCCUCUUUUGGUCCAUCUUUGGUCUGAUCAGCCUCUACGUGACCAACGUGGACGCGGACCACCAGUUCACAGAGUUUGUCGGGGCCACCAUGUUCGGCACGUACAACAUCAUCUCUCUGGUGGUGCUGCUCAACAUGCUCAUCGCCAUGAUGAACAACUCCUACCAGCACAUCGCGGACCACGCCGACAUCGAGUGGAAGUUCGCCAGGGCGAAGUUGUGGAUGAGCUACUUUGAGGAGGGGGCCACCCUGCCGCCGCCCUUCAACAUCGUCCCCAGUCCAAAGUCCUUCUGGUACCUCAUGUGCUGGAUCAGGACCCAAAUGUGUCACCGGACCAGCUCCACCAGACACAACACCAUCGGGACCCUCGGAAGGCGAGCUGCAGAGAACCUGAGGAUAAACCAUCAGUACCAGGAGGUGCUGAGGAACCUGGUGAAGCGCUACGUGGCCGCCAUGAUCAGAGACGCCAAGACGGAGGAAGGCUUGACUGAGGACAACUUCAAGGAGCUGAAACAAGACAUCUCCAGUUUCCGUUACGAGGUGAUGGGCAUGAUGAAGACGGGGAGGCCGGCGCUGCAGGGCGAGCGCAAGACCGCCAGCUGCGGCGAGGGAGGGCGUCCGCCGGAGUCCGCCCUGGCCUACCCCAACGCCUCGCUGAAGGUGUCCUCCGGCGCUCACGCUAAGAGCAACCGCUUCAAGAUCGCCGCCUCCAUCCUCAGGCAGGUGAGCUCCGCGGCCCGGUCCAGGCUCCCCGAGGCCCCCAACGGCCUGCCCAACGGCGUCCUACCCCGAGCCGACGCCGAGGAGACGUCGAACCGGCGGAGGGACUUCGCCAAAGACAUGAAGGACUUUGGCUCGUUCCACAAACGCCACCGGGCCGCCUAUGAGGUUGCGGUGGAACCUUCUCGGAACAUGUACUCGUUAUCGGAGGAGGCGGAGUCAGACGAACAGGGUACAACCAGACCUUCACAGGAAGGAGACAAAGACAGACCCAGCGACUGUAGCUUACUGGGCGACGAGGAGCGGGAGGGAGAGAGUGUUCCCUGAACCCACUUUUAGAUUUUCGGGGGACGAUUAGAAGUGACCAGAAAUAGCACAUAACGUGGACGCACGGCGUAAGCUACAGUUUUUCCCCCGUCCCUCGCUUGAACCGUGAGUAAAGAAUGCACUAAGACCCGGUAAGAGUCCGAGAGAGACGACCUCCGCUCACGGAUGCUACCCGGUGGUCGUUUGAGCACACUGCAGCUAGUCCUGGAUAGUCCCGCUCCUUAAUACUCUCCUCACGCACAGGAUUCUCACUGGCAUGAGGCUGUUUCCGCUUCCUGGCGCAUGUAAGCCAGGGGAGUCCAAAGUGCAGCCCGGGGGCCAUUUUCAGGUUUAAUAGUCCCGCCAGCAUCUUACGGAUUCAACCGAUCAGACUUGGUCAUCAAUAACACAAAGCUAAGAUUUUUUUGGAUAGCAAUUGUUCUCUGCUUCGUUUUUUUGCUCUUCUUCCCCAUUCAGGAAGUGUCAUGUCUGUGUGAUCAUGUUUUUGUUUUGGUCAUGUUCGUUUUGGUUUUUGGACUUUUUGUGCACUUUUGUUUUGUCACCAUAGCAACCAUUAGUUUUCACCUGUCACAUCCCGCACCUGUUUCACGUUUUGAGUCACGCACCUGCUUUCACUAAUCAUGUCCAUAGUAUUUAAGUUCAUUCUUUUCAGUUUGUCGUUCUGACGACAUCUCCACAUUUAUGCUUCUGUACACUCUUCAUCCUCUAAGAUCCUGCUUCUUGUCCCAUGCCAAAGUAAGUUUUUGUUCCAUGUUUAUAGUCUUUUUGUUUUUCAUAGUUUGUUCUCCGCCAUUGUGCGCGCCUUUUGUUUACUUCCUUGUUUUGUAGUUAUAGUGUUAAAUAAAAAUGUACUUACAUUCCCGUCUCGCCCGAGCCAACUUUCCGUUGCAUUACGGAAAAGCAAACACCCAAGACCAAGUCAUGACAGUAUGUCGUCAGAACGACAAACUGAAAAGAAU